GGUAGACCUUGAGAUUUGGCAAUCUCACAUCAAGUACAAGUACUAUUUUAACUAUGAUCACCAACAUGCACAUGCAGCACGAGCCGGCGAGGACGGUUCUUGCGCAGGUGGAGGACCAGCAGAGUUGUACUAGAGUGGGACAAUUCCGUAACAAAAACUCUCGCUCUCCGUCGGAGGUCCGGAGGAAAUUGUCCCAUGCGAGUGGUGGAGCGCAGCUUCUGUUCUUGCUUGAUCUUCUUGACGUCAUCGUCCGGUGUGAGUGUGCGCCGGUAGCGGUGGAAGAGGAACACUUGAUGCUGGCGUCCCGGGUAGUUUCUCGUCCGCCUAUCCGCCGGUCAGGACCCGGACCGCAACAAGUACUAGAUGAAGACCACGCGCGCCGGCAUGAAGUAGUUGAGCCGACCCACCAAUUUCUCUUGCAGCCGCCAGAAGUUACUUCGUGGUCCUCCCGAGCAGGCGAAGCUGCGCAAGACGACCCUGGCAGCACACCAGAAAGUGCUGCGCCCGUCUUCGACUUGAGAUUCGUGCCGACGGACCAGGAAGUAGAGACCGCGAGCGGCGGAGGGAUAGUACAUCAACCCGCGAGCACCAGAACAAGUGAG